AGGUAUAGUAUGGUGCUGAUACAUUUGUGUAAUGUGUAUUCUAUGUGAGCCGGAGUGUGACUCUGUCCCUUGAUGUCCCCCUACCAGGCGUCUUCUAGACACUGAGGAUGAGCUCAGUGACAUCCAGGCGGACUCUGUGCCCAUGGAGGUGCGUGAUUGGCUGGCCUCAACCUUCACCAGGAAGAUGGGCGUGGUCAGGAGACGACCCGAGGAGAAACCACGGUUCAGGAGCAUUGUCCAUGCCGUGCAGGCUGGCAUCUUCGUCGAGAGGAUGUACAGACGGACGUCUAACAUGGCUGGGCUGACGUACCCUCCAGCUGCCAUCGCUGUUUUGAAGGAUGUAGAUAAAUGGUCCUUUGAUGUGUUUGCGCUCCACGAGGCCAGCAGUGAACACGCAUUGAAGUUCCUGGUGUACGAACUGCUCACCCGCUAUGAUCUGAUCAACCGCUUCAGGAUUCCAGUUUCAUCUCUGGUGACCUUCGUAGAGGCUCUAGAGGUGGGCUACAGUAAACACAGAAACCCCUACCACAACCUCAUCCACGCUGCUGACGUCACACAGACAGCACACUAUCUGAUGCUCCACACUGGCAUUAUGCACUGGCUCACUGAACUGGACAUUCUAGCCAUGGUGUUUGCUGCAGCUAUCCAUGACUUUGAACACACUGGGACAACCAACAACUUUCACAUUCAGACCAGGUCAGAGGUGGCCAUCCUGUACAAUGACCGGUCAGUCCUGGAGAACCACCAUGUCAGUGCUGCCUACAGACUUAUGCAAGAAGAUGAGAUGAACAUACUGGUCAACCUGUCAAAAGAUGACUGGCGAGAACUGCGGACUCUGGUGAUUGAGAUGGUGAUGAGUACAGACAUGUCCUGCCAUUUCCAGCAGAUCAAAACCAUGAGGAACGCCCUGCAGCAGCCCGAGGGAGUAGACAAGGCUAAAGCCCUAUCUCUGAUGCUGCAUGCAGCUGACAUCAGCCACCCAGCCAAGGCCUGGAAGCUGCACUACCGAUGGACACAAGCCCUGAUGGAGGAGUUCUUCAGACAGGGCGAUAAGGAGGUUGAGUUAGGGCUGCCAUUCUCCCCUCUGUGUGAUCGUAAAGCUACCAUGAUUGCCCAGUCACAAAUAGGGUUCAUUGACUUCAUAGUAGAACCCACAUUCUCUGUGUUGGUGGACACGACAGAGAAGAUCAUUACACCUCUCAUAGAGGAUACCUUAAAGUCACACGACACUGGUGUCCGCAGGUCAAGUUUGACAGGUAGUGGGUCAGUGACGGUGGUGGAGUCAGUCCAGAGACACAGUGGUCGAGGGUCCAGCCAGGGGGUUGACCAGGGGCUCACUACAGACUAUAGCCUGGCUGGCAUUGACCUGAAACGGGUCAGACACACACUGGCAGAGGUCAUCCAACACAACAAAGACAGAUGGAAGGAGCUCUCUGUACAAGAGUUGGCGAGGAAAGAGCAAGCUGAGUUGACUUCUGACCCAGAGGAGGAGUCCUUGAUGAACACAGAGGUUACGUUGACUCACACCAGCCCUGAGAGACACAGCCAGGAGCUUAAAUCAGAGCCCUUCAUUGAACUGAUGAACAACACAAACACAAACUCCAAUAACUCUUCCCAGGAGGACUCAGAGCUGGACCACAGGCCUCUGUCACCGUCUGAGGAUAAAGAGACAACACAUGGUUCCAUCUCUCCUGAACACCUACCAUGGAACGAGCCCUAGGACCAUUCUUCAGGACUACCUGGCAUGAUGACUCCUUGCAGUCCCCAGUCCUCCUGGCCGUGCUGCUGCUCCAGUUUCAACUGUUCCUCCUGCGGCUAUGGAACCCUGACCUAUUCACCGGACGUGCUACCUUGUCGCAGACCUGCUGUUUUCAACUCUCUAGAGACAGCAGGAGCGGUAGAGAUACUCUUAAUGAUCGGCUAUGAAAAGCCAACUGACAUUUACUCCUGAGGUGCUGACCUGUUGCACCCUCAACAACUACUGUGAUUAUUAUUAUUUGACCAUGCUGGUAAUUUAUGAACAUUUGAACAUCUUGGCCAUGUUCUGUUAUAACCUCCACCUGGCACAGCCAGAAGAGAACUGGCCACCCCUCAGCCUGGUUCCUGUCUAGGUUUCUUCCUAGGGAGUUUUUCCUAGCCACCGUGCUUCUACACCUGCAUUGUUUGCUGUUUGGGGUUUUGGGCUGGGUUUCUGUACAGCACUUGGCGAUAUCAGCUGAUGUAAGACAGGCUAUAUAAAUAAAUGUGAUUUAAUUUGAGUCCAAUGAUCACAAUUAUAAUGGUGAGCUUAAUUUGUACGGAAAUUGGUCUCCUACUCUUAACCUUUGCUCUCGUGACUGAAAAAUGUGUGUUUUCUAUUUCUUUUCAGAUUUUUUCUGGGAACAAUGAAAGUUGUUUUUGUGUUUCCAUGAAUUACCAGUAUAAUCUGUAGCCCUAUGCCUUCCAGCCAAACCUGGGCCGAUUAUUAAACUGGACCAUAUUCAGCAUGCAACUGUAUUCAAGGCCAUCCAGCCUGGAGUGUUUGGCCAUGUUGGAUAUUUUCUCAUCUACACACUAAUUAACAAGCCAGGUUUGUGAAGAAAAUAUUUGUUGUGGUAUAAAAUUGGACCAUAAAUAGGCUGCUGUGCUGAAAUGAAUUUUGAUACUCUGUACAUAUUGUCUGAAUAACAACUAUCUAUUUGAGAGACAUGCAGUAGGAUGGUGUAGCCCUCUCUUUGCCCUGUCUAUCACUGCAGGUAAAGUAGGAUUGUGUAGCUUUCCUGGUCAGUCAAUCAAUAUCUAAUGUAGAUUUACAGUGCUACCUCCUGUCUAAGUCAGUCACACAUUUCAGUGGUCUCUGUGGAGGUAUAAUGCUGACUACAGACAUUUCAUCAGUGUUUCCUACACUCACCAGAAUAAAAGGGAGAGUAUGAACU